CCAAAUUGCGGAAUGACCGUGAAUUGAGUAUUUGAUAGAAUGAGUGAACCGUAACUUUUAUUUUCUUAUUGGGAUCUGUAUUGUAGGUAGGACAACGACGUCAAUAUUCUCAACGCUGCGUGUAUCGUGUGGACGUACGCUAUAUCUUUGCUUCGAACUAAAAUGUAAAGCAGCAGUAUUAUGACGUAAACAGAUGCUAAAUUACGCAAAAAAAAUCGUCGGCACUAGUGGUCUGCAUGUUUAAAACAUCAUAGCUAAAUAUCUAAAAUAAAUUACAACAUACGUAUCUAUGAAACGUAUUGUUAUUUGAACCAUAGAUAAUAUAAAUAAAUAGACAUACACAUAAUAUAAAUAAUUAAACAUGUCUAACAAAAAAUCGAAUUGAAAAUAUUAUGAAUAAUUUGUUAGUUUUAGUUUUUAAUUGUUACCAAUUAUUUUUAAUGUUAUGAAGCAAAUUAUAUUGAUUUUACUCAAUUUAAUCUAAUAAUUAAUUGUUAUGUUUAAGAGUUUUUAAGUGCAAAUUUUAUCAAAAUGAAGAAACGGAGGAAACAAACCACCAGCGACAGUGAGGAUGAGCUGCCUCUAACUAAACUCUGUUCAGAUGCGAACUCAUACAAGAGCUUAACGAGGAAUAGUAUUGAAGUUUGUGAAUUCUGUGACAAAGUGUUUAAAAAUAGAUACAAAAGCAUAAUCCAUACCAUGACGCACAUCACAAUACCGCUAAUAAAGGACUCUUUAAAGCAAUGUCUGAGCUGUAAAUUAUAUUUUCCAUCACAAGAUGAUCUGAAAUGUCACGUGGCGAAGAAACAUAUCAAAAUUGACUAUACUAGUUUUAAUGGUGGAAAAACGCCACUCCCACAAUCUCAGGCAAUGAGGUUAGAGAGUAAUGUUAAAUUGGAACCAUUUUGUUUUGACAAUAAGGAAUCAAACGGUGACGUAAAACUCAAGAACUUAAAGCUGUUUAAAGAUUUUAGCUCGUAUAACUCCUUUGAUCAAUAUAAUAAUGCUGUCAUUAAUAAUACAAGAAGGAAUAUAAAGAGUAGAAUACUUUUUGAGGAUGAAGAAAUACUAUCCUCGCUAGACUCAAAUUACCAGGAGAACAUAAUAUGCAAGGAGGACUUGAAAAGUAAUCCUAGUACGCUUACAAGUGUACAUUAUGAUGAACUAAUUGAAUUUGGCAGAUUUGACUGUAAAUUUUGUAAUAAAAUAUUCUAUAGUAGAUAUGAUAAAAUCCUCCACGACACAAGUCACAUCUCUCUCAGUCUCGAGCCCAUGAAUAAGCUACACAAGUGUCUGAUCUGUGAGAGAUAUAUCACAACGACCAUGAGGAAGCACAUACUCGAGAAACACCAGACCACAUUGAAAGCUAGACAUGUAAAGAGUGUCGGCAAAAAGUGCUACAUCUGCCACUUAGUGUAUUAUAAUAAAGAAAGGCACAGAAUGACGUCACACCAUAAGUACCACCUCUCUCUGUCCCUGUCUAAAAAGCACAACCAAGCUGUGAAGAAGAGAAUAAUCAUGAAGAAUGAAAUUACAACGAUGAAACUGUGUGAAUUGUGUUAUGUGAGAGGGAGAAGCAAGUCUAGUGUUUUAAAAAAUAUAUCGGAGUUGAACAAACAGUGUUGUGAUAAGUGCAAGGAGGUUUUCUUUGAGGGAAAGCUGGUUAGGGUGCGCGUUGUGAAGUCUUGUUUGGAGGGAGCGGCCAGGACUAAUAGGGAACACUGCAAAUCGAACCAAGAUCGCUUGAAGAAUAUACAGAAUAGAUUGAAAAUAAAGAGUUAUGUGAAAUGAG